AAGCGAUCAAGCGAUCAGAUCGUGAUCAUCGAUCCUUGACCCCUAUCCUCCUGGUAGAUCAUGGUCGAUAGUAUCAGUGGUGGUAGUGGUACCGCUAUACCGUUACAAAGCGUAUCAGACGACAAGACCAAGGAAGACAAGUAUGAACCGGGAAACGACGACGCCGCGGUCUCUCCUCGACCUGAAUCGACGAACGCGUUGCCGCAACUUGAGAAUGAACGACGUGAACCAGAGUCGGAGUUGGACAAGAAGGUCGAGAGGAAAUGGAUGGCGGCGAUCUAUGGGUUGAUGUUCCUGGCAGGAUGGAGCGACGCAACCACCGGCCCUCUCCUCCUUCGUAUACAAUCACACUAUUCGGUAUCCUACCCUAUCGUAUCGCUGUUGUUCAUAUGCGCCUUCGUAGGAUUUUUUACCGCGGCGGUGAUCAAUAUCUGGUUGACGGAUAAGAUCGGGUAUGGGAAGGCCUUGGUUUUAGCUUCGGGUUGUCAGGUAGCCGCAUUCGCCAUCCAAGCCUCCAAGCCCCCCUUCCCCCUCUUCCUAAUCUCCUACACCCCCAACGGGAUAGGCAUGGGCCUUCAAGACGCUUUGGGGAACACCUUUAUCACCAGACUCCCUGGCGCUUCAAACAAGAUGGCGUUAGCACACGCUAUGUAUGGAUUAGGAGCGUUUGUCGUCCCGCUGGUAGCUACCCAGUUUGCGAGACGGACGCCACAGAUGGAAGGGAGGUGGAAUUACCAUUAUCUCGUUAGUUUGGGGGUGGCUUUGGCGAAUACGCUAGGGCUGGUUUGGGUGUUUAAGGGGAAGAGGGAGGAGGUCUUAUUCGAGGAACAGGGGUUUACGCCCGUAGGAGGCGAGAUUGAUGAGAAGAUCGAGAUCGAUGCGGAGCAUCUCGAUUCUAAUCACGCCGACGGGAACCUCAACCAGGAGGACGACAACGACCUCACCGCCGAAGACGUUUCUCCUUCUUCAAAAGCACUAGGCUCGCAUACGAAAUUCAAACGCAUCCUCUCUUCCCCCUUUAUCCACCUCGUCGCAGCCUUCUCUCUCCUCUACGUCGGCAUCGAGGUGACGAUAGGAGGUUGGGCGGUGACGUUCAUCGUCGAAGCUCGAGGUGGGGGGGACGAUUCCGGGUACGUCUCGUCAGGUUUCUUCGGGGGGUUGAUGGUUGGGAGGAUAGUGCAGAUCGGGGUGGGGAGGUUUGUCAGUGAACAUAGGAUCGUUUAUGUUUAUACCGGGAUCGCUUUGGCGUUGGAGAUCGUUAUCUGGCAGACGACGGGGAUCAUCGGGAACGCGGUCUGUUACGCAUUCAUCGGUCUUGUCUUGGGUCCCAUCUAUCCGAUCAUGAUGAACGUGACCGCAGCCGUCAUCGACCCCGAACUAGCUGGCGGCGCGAUAGGUUAUAUCGCCGCUCUAGGUCAGUGCGGAUCAGCAGUCUUCCCCUGGAUCACGGGGGCUCUGGCGGGUCGAUACGGAGUUUGGGCUUUACAACCACUGCUGGUGGCGAUGCUUGCGCUGGAAGGGAUGCUAUGGGCGGUGGUCCUGUUCAUGAGCCGGCAUAAGUGGAAGAGGAUCCACAAGUUCUGAAAGAGCGAUAGCGCGAUAGAUGGCCUUUGCUCUUUGCUCUCAGAGCUUGCAUAAGUUUCAAGGUGUACUCUACUGUAUAUCGACAAAAGAGCGUUGCGUUGAUUUCUGCUUUGGUCUUAUGAAGGUAUGAAGACGCAUAGCUUAGCACAGGACAUGAGAUUGCAAGUAUCGGGAAAUUGAGUGCUCAGCGUGCCA